AUUGCUGUCAUUAUAAAGAUUUUUUCUGUUUUUCAUUGUGCAAGGAGUGGACAAAAUGUACUUAGUCUUACUAUGGGCGACAGACCGACGUCAAUGUUGUUCUUCGUAGUGCUGGUGUUUGUCGCUAUUGUGCAGUCAUUGCCCCUCUCAGACAAACUUUAUGGGACACACAAUGACUAUGGCAGUCCGGCAAACGGGGGGUCGAGCAACACCUUCAAGAAGGAAACACGCGACAAAUACCCAGCAUCACCACAUACACAUAAUGAAUUUGGUGAUACGGACACAAAAGGAUACACUGGAACUGCCGACACAGGCGCGUUAGAAGAGAUCAAUCACCAGGCAAGGGUUAAUAUUUCUUUGGAUGGAAGUGUAUUAAGUGAAUAUGAAAAAUCUAACGAUACAACUUUGGGGGAUAUUUCAAGUAUGUCGGAACAGUCUCGUCACAAACGCUCGGGAAAUCCUUUUCAAAACAGUCACGUGAUUCCAUGUAGUUUCUCUGACAGGCAUUACUGUCUCAACGCUGGCACGUGCGUCCUGGUGGCCGCACUGGACAUCAAAACAUGCAGGUGUAAAAUCCCAUACACAGGCAUCAGGUGUGAUAUGAUUGACGUGGAUUACCUGAUGACACAGAUGAACACUAGAAUGGGUGAUGAUCACAGGAGGCAUUUCUCAUUCGGAUGGCACGGCUGAUCGUAACGGUGUCAGUUCUUCUUGCGUAUUAAUGAACUUGUCACGUGUCUUGUUGGUGAUUGGCGCCAAUGGUGGUAGUGGUGGUGGUGGUGGAAAAACUCCAGAUAUUCUCUUUACAGACCAUGUUCACACACAAUGAGCAUGUAGGUAUUACUGGUGAUAAAAACGGUCAUUUGAAGUCCUUGGAUAUUUUAUUUCAUAUACAAGACAUACCAUACCAGUACAUCCUACAUGGGUAUUACCGUAAGUCCCGCUAUGUGAGGUCAAAGUAAUCACAGUGACGUACUGCACAUGCACAAUACUACCAGUGGAGGAAGUUGCCACACAUGUAGGUUUUUCUCUGAAACCUAGGCAAUCUUUUUAUUUCUCAUAAUGAGAAAUAUUCAACACUGAAUAGGAUUUUAAGCAACCAUCUUGCUUCUUUAUACGAAACACACGUUGUAACAGGUACUGAAGUUAUGACAGCUAGAUUCGUUCAUAACGCUAGGCAAUUUCCAUCAUCAAGGAAUCGACGAGGAUCCUCUUGGCAAAAUCAAUGCAUCUACUUUCCAUCCAAGCUGACCGUUGUCCAAUGUCUUGCCCUGGUUGUUAUAUCCUACGACAAUGGCGAUAGCACCGUGCGUAGUAAUUUUCCCCUUACGAACUUUCAUUCCUAUCCCUGUGAUAAUACCAUGAUGCCUGAGAGGGUGUGCUGCCCUUGACCACACUGUGUAACUUGAUAAAAUACGGACAGAACUGUUCCAACUUUUCUUGUCUAUCAUCAUUGUCGAUCCUGUAUCUAUAAUUAGAAAAUAUACAUAUCUAUAUAAUGGUCAAGAUCACAACACAACCUUUCUGAAGCUGGCAUAAACUGGGAACCGUAGCAAGGAAACAUAUGAUAGGGCAGAACCUAUAAGUGAAGUAAUACCAUCAAAGCUUUUAAGACAAACAUAUUCGCAACAAUUAUAAUUUAUAUCAAAUAUGUCAAAUUGGAUGCAACUAUAUGUAAAAUCCUUAAAGAAAUCAGAAUUAUCGAAAUAUUCCAGAUUCUAUGGUACUUACCUGGCCAUUAUUCACUACAGGAUCCAUAUGACAUAGACUUCGAUAUUGAGUAAAAUUUUCAGGUCAGAUAUUUUAUCUUAUGAAGCAAACUAUUUGGAAAUCAACAAAAUUGUCAACUUCAAUAAACCGACAAGUUUGAAAUCGAUUUUCUGUAAAAAACCAAUUUUUGUUACUUUUUUUGUUUACUAUUUCAGUUUUUACUCACACUAUUAUUUAAACGAAUGUAAGGGUUAGCUGAGCAUUAUCUUUAAUGGUGAAUGAUCUGCGCGGUGCCUUUAAAUAUUACUGCUGCCAACUUAUAAUAUUACUGUAAUAGAGGUUUACCAAAACGCAUACAAAUUACCGUUGCUUUGAAAUAAUAGUUUAAUAUCAACCAAAUCUCCUUGUCAUAUGGAAAUGUUGUAAACCCUAGAUAUCCUUCUCUAUUCCAUUCUUGUUAGUAGUAUUUUAUAACAUCCGGUCUUCAACAAAUUUUCCUUACAAUUUCUUUUCUCAGCCGGUUGUUUAUCUCACAGUCCGUAUGGAACAUAUAUAUUAAUACAUUGUAUUUUGAAAUUUGUUUGAGUUCACCGACCAGUAUAAAUAUCAGUGACAGUGUUAAAACGUAUACUAACUGUUAAAUGAUUGUAUUUCUAGUCUUCUUAUCUAUAUAUAAAUAUAUAUAUAUAUUAGCGAUUUUGAAAGAUAACAAUAUCGAACAGGUUAAAGCUCAGCUUUAGGGCGUAUGUUGUUGGCACUUCUGAUUUCACAUUUAGCCAAUAGAUAAAAGUUUAUUGUUUUCAUUUGUAAACGAGCCAUUCUCCCUUGAGGUUCUUAAUAAGAUUUGACAACUGGCAUUUGCCAGCGGCAAAGAAAGUAUCAUUAAAGAACGGCAAGAAUAUAUGUAUCAUCAAUAUUCUGUGAAUAAAGGUGAACACUCUUCUGCUCUACAAAUAAAAGUGGCAAUAUUUACUCAUUUUGAAUGGAAAUUACGACACUAAAAAUUGAAAUACAAAUACUAAAAAUUACAAUUCUCUGUGGCUUCGCAUUUGUUAUGGGUUGUGAGUUUGAUUAUCAAUUUUACAGAAGUAUUUAUAUAUGUAUAUGCAUCUUGUAUAUCUCCAUGAAACAAAAACAUCUUAAGAGUAAAUUAUUUACUUUGCUUCUGAAAUUCAGAAUAUAUCUAAUGUGUUUUUGCAAGUUUGUUUUCAAUAUGUCAAGUCAAAGCCUUUGGAUUCAUUGGUACUGGACCAACCAUAGAUAGCUGGACACAUUACAUAUUCCCCAUUGUUGUUAUAUCCUAAAACGAAAGAGUGAAAGAAAUUAUAUUUACUCAAAAGUUCUCGAACGGUUCAGGACAAAGAGAAAGAGCAACAUGUUAGUCACAUUAUUAUUUGUCAUUAAUAUUGGUUUUUUAAAAAUAUCUUAAUGGUUUAAUUCUCUAGUAUCUGCAUUUUGAAAUAAUUAUUGAUAUGAAAAACAUUAGUCAAAAACUGAAAUUUAAUAUGUAAUUACAAGUCAUACGGUAUGAUAUUAGAGUACACUGAGGCACAACAAAGAAUCAAAUAUCCGCUAUUAAAAUCCCUAUCAUUUACGACAUUUAAAAUCUGAUGCUAUCUAUUGUAUAAUAACUACCAAGAGCAAAAAAGGAUGUAAUAUUUCGGACUACAUAAAAAUUUAGGGAUACCUAUUCAACCAAGGUUAUUUUAGAAACUUACGUCAUUAUCAUUUUUCGAAUGAGUACUACAAAAACACGUCUGAAAAUUUUUAAUUUAAAAUAAUAAAACAAGUUUAUAUAUAUAACGACCAAACAUUUAUGUAUUUGCUCUGCCGCGUGAAUUAUACAGAUGAUCCGUAAAAUAUAUGAUCAUUCAAAUGAACAGGAAAGAACAUGUUGAUGAUUGGUUGAAAGGGACGCAGAUGAAAGCGAGACGUGUGCAAUGGCGAGCGAAAGGUGUAUGGUACAGACUGGGCAAGUGGGUCAUUGUGAGCGCCUCCCCCUUAGGAGGUAUGCUGAGGAUAGACGUAUCGUUAUGUUUGUAUUCAUAUCAGGUAAUUUAAAAAUUCGAUGUAUAUACUAGAUAAUGUAUUUUUGUUACACAUUGUAGACGAAGUGACAAUUUUCACCUGGAUUGCUAUGUUCAGAGUCUGGUUAGAGAAGCCAUAUUGCGAUAAAAUAGGAGAAAAUGCAUUCGUUAACGUUUAAAGAACCAAUUAAAGCCAAAAUAGGACAAUGGUUGUCAUGCCAGAAAUGAAAUAUUUUUUUUGUUUUCAUUGUUUAUCAAACAAAGACCAGUAAAAGUGGAUUGUGACGUCAAUAUGGAAACUAACCACACCUGAAACAUCAGAUCCAUAUAUGUAGAUGUAUGAUUAUCUUUCUGGGAUCAUAUACGGUUGGUCGGACGCCUUGUUAAAUUUUUCUGUCACCUGUUUCUCAGGGUUUCCUGUGUUUGAUGUAAACUUCUCUGUAUACUUAUGUGGAUUUGGUUUCACCGCAUCAAAGUGCUGUCAUUAUUUUUAUUAUUUUAGACCCUAUAACAAUGAAUAUAAAUAUAUAAAUAUAUAUAUAUAAACAUAUAUAUAUAGUGUAAAUACGUACACCAUCAGCGAAGAAUACGAAAUGAGCUAGUAUGUUCAUACAAAUAAUUAGAUUGUUAAGAAGAUGUAAUCAAAAUAAACAGGACAGUUAUAUAUUUCAGUGAUGUAUGUAUUUUUGUUUUAAGGUUUAAGGGAGAAUAAAAUUUAAGAAU